AUGCAUGAGACCACAAUCCUCCAGUCAGUUUGCCAGCCCGCCUGCCUCUCCUCUAUAUGCCGGCCCGCCUGUCUCUCCUCCAUGUGCCGGCCCGCCUGCCUCUCCUCCAUGUGCCGGCCCGCCUGCCUCUCCUCUAUGUGCCGGCCCGCCUGCCUCUCCUCUAUGUGCCGGCCCGCCUGCCUCUCCUCUAUGUGCCGGCCCGCCUGCCUCUCCUCUAUGUGCCGGCCCGCCUGCCUCUCCUCUAUGUGCCGGCCCGCCUGCCUCUCCUCUAUGUGCCGGCCCGCCUGCCUCUCCUCUAUGUGCCGGCCCGCCUGCCUCUCCUCUAUGUGCCGGCCCGCCUGCCUCUCCUCUAUGUGCCGGCCCGCCUGCCUCUCCUCUAUGUGCCGGCCCGCCUGCCUCUCCUCUAUGUGCCGGCCCGCCUGCCUCUCCUCUAUGUGCCGGCCCGCCUGCCUCUCCUCUAUGUGCCGGCCCGCCGGCCUCUCCUCUAUGUGCCGGCCCGCCGGCCUCUCCUCUAUGUGCCGGCCCGCCGGCCUCUCCUCUAUGUGCCGGCCCGCCGGCCUCUCCUCUAUGUGCCGGCCCGCCUGCCUCUCCUCUAUGUGCCGGCCCGCCGGCCUCUCCUCUAUGUGCCGGCCCGCCUGCCUCUCCUCUAUGUGCCGGCCCGCCUGCCUCUCCUCUAUGUGCCGGCCCGCCUGCCUCUCCUCUAUGUGCCGGCCCGCCUGCCUCUCCUCUAUGUGCCGGCCCGCCUGCCUCUCCUCUAUGUGCCGGCCCGCCUGCCUCUCCUCUAUGUGCCGGCCCGCCUGCCUCUCCUCUAUGUGCCGGCCCGCCUGCCUCUCCUCUGUGCCGGCCCGCCUGCCUCUUCUCUAUGUGCCAGCCCGUCGGCUUCUCUCUCUCAUUCAAUGUGCAGGCCGACAGUGCCUUCAGAGAGUAUUCAUACCCAUUGACUUCAAGCCAGAAUUCCAUAUUGAUUAA